UAUUGUUACGGCUGAUUUUGAGGGCAGUGACGAUGAAUUUCCAAGUUUGGCCUUUAUUAAAUCACGUAUUGAUGAAAUCUCCAAAAAAAAGACCGAAAAGUGGUCAAUACUGCGAGACUUGCAAGCUGAAAACUCAGAGGAACCUGAACCCGAGCUGGAUUCCGAGUCAGGAUCUAAACUUGAAAAUGGUCCUUCCAAUAGUAUAUCAGAGAAAAGUUCCCCAUUGCCAAAGUUUGAACCGCUCGAAAUUUCACUAUCAUCGUUCAAGGAUGAAAAAGAAAAGACGAAUAUAUUAUCGAGUCCUACAAUUUCAAAUCAUGAACGAAAUGAUUUCAGAACCUUUUCGAAUCACACGAGAAACGAACCAACUUCCCUUUUUUCGAAUCAUGAAAGAUCCGAAGCUGGACCUUUUACAAAUCACUCACGAACUGAGCUGAACCCCUUUCCAAUCUAUUUUCCAAAUCAUGAUCGAUACGAAUCAUUUCUUUAUUCGAACCAUGAUCGGAAUGAUUUAGGUCGCUUUUCAAAUCAUGAGAGGUCGGACUCCGGUCGCUUUUCAAAUCACGAACGAUCAGAUCCCGGCAUCCCUUCGUUUAACAGGCUAGAUGAUGAUAUCAAUGCAUUUCAUCAUCAACUACCACCAUUCAGCCUAAAACGGUUUACCGAUGAGACAUCUUCGCCUCCAGGACCAUUAUAUAAAAGGCCAAGACCCAUGUCCAACGGAAUGCAUUACUCGGAAUCUAUGAAUCAUG